AUGCCGAAAAAGCUGUCUUUCACGAAUUACGGCUCUCACCGAAAGCAAAGUCUGCGCGGCCUAGGCUCAGAUGAGCAGCCAAAAGCUGGUGACAAAGGCCAUUGCGUGGGCCCCGCCGACUCGAGGGGAACGCGAGGACCAAGGGACCAGGGGACACGCAUCGCGGCACUGCGAGGCCGGCGCUGUUUAAGUCGUUACUUUUUUGCCAACUCUGCGCGUCUGAUUGGACGAGAGGCGCUUCCCACAGUUUUUGCGUCAGGUCUGGCCAGGCUCAAGACGGUUUAUCGAUCCAAAUAG